AUGCACUUGCCUCCUCCCCGCCAGCUCCUCCGUCUCCUGCUCCAAGCCCUGGGCGUUCUCUGCAGCCGGCUGGCGGUCCUCGGCCUUUGGGGGCCGCUCCGACGGAGAGUCUCCCCGAGCUCAGCUCCGGAGCCGCCCGCUGCGCUUCGUCCGCCGGUGCCGCUGAGCGUCAACUACCACUUCACCCGGCAGUGCAACUACAAGUGCGGCUUCUGCUUCCACACCGCCAAGACCUCGUUCGUCCUGCCGCUGCAGGUGGCCAAGAGGGGGCUCCGGUUGCUCAAGGAGGCCGGUAAGGGAGCCUGUCCCUUGCCGGGAAGCUCCGGAGGGGAUGGAAGGGGAGCCAGUGGAGGAAGGGAUGGAGCGCAUCGGCCAUCCGAAAUCUCGUGGAGGGCACCAGAUCGCCUCUACCUCUAUUGUUCCAAGCUGCUUCAUGCUUCCAAAGAACUCAAAAGAGCUGAUCCAUACUUAGAAAAGUGUUCUUGGGAAUAUCUAGAUAUUCUGGCUGUAUCUUGUGAUAGCUUCAAUGAAGAAGUCAAUGUUUUAAUUGGCCGAGGGCAAGGAAAGAAAAAUCAUGUUGAAAACCUUGAAAAGCUGAAGACGUGGUGCCAAAAAUACAACGUGGCUUUCAAGAUAAAUUCCGUGAUCAACCGUUUCAAUGUGGAAGAAGACAUGAAUGAGAAGAUCAAAGCUCUAAAUCCUGUCCGCUGGAAGAUGCGUUUUCUCAACUGCGUCAAUGGCCGGAAAGAGCCUUCUCGGUCAAUCCUGGAUGUAGGGGUAAAAAAUGCUAUACAGCGCAGUGGCUUUGAUGAAAAGAUGUUUCUCAAGCGAGGAGGCAAAUACGUCUGGAGCAAAAGAGAUAUGGCCCUGCAGUGGUGAUCCAACCUGUUAUUUGCUGGAAACGUCGGCAAGCACAAAGUGUACUUAUUUUACUCUAGAUGAUGAUAUGUCAAUGUUGCUUUAUGCAAAAAAGGGAAAAGUGAUGUUUUGUUCACAAACAAUGAAUUGCACCAAGCACAGAACAUGUUGGAUUUAGAAAGACACUUGUCCAAUAGUCAAACAUGGAAUACUGGGAAACAAGAGGUUUGCUGCUGCCGUGUUUUAGGAUUGCAGAGAUGAAUUUUGAAAUAUUUAAUGCCAAUAGUUGCUGCUUCUACAUAAAAUAAUAAUAAUAAAAAAGAUUCGCGAUUGUCUUUUUUCAACACGCGAAUGCAUCGAUACCAAUUUACCUAUGUAAAGUCAGGAUAAUUUUAAACUAAGAUCUUGGGACAAAUUAUCAGCAAAGAAAAGAAGGUACAGCAGAACUCUUAACUUGCCAUGGUUAUCGCAGGUGCGUUACUGGAAAUGAAAUCAGUACAAUUUGCAAAUUGAGUUGGCAAUUUUCAAGUGACUUUAAUGUUUCUAGGAGAAGCAUGAGAAUAGGAAGGCAAAAUAAAGGCCAACGUUGCAUGGCCCCAUGGGAGUAGGGCUAUCCGGGGUCAAUAUUAUUUCCAUUUUUCUAAGGUACUUUUGUUUGGGGGUGUGUGGGGGUGUGAGUUUUGUUUGCACUACUGCAGAAAACCAAUUUGAGACUUUUUCUGUGUUUCUUACCUCAAAAUACUAUGUGAAAGUGUAACACUGGCUCCUGCAACUUGGUUUCCAAAUUGUGGAAGUGAAACGAGAGUAUUUCCACUCAUCGUUUUUUAACAGAAUUUACUUAUGACUGAUGAUGGUCAAUAUAUUUUUGGAAUAAUCUACCAAAAAUAAAAGAAGAUUUGUUUUAUUUUGUGAUAUAGUUUUAUGGUUCAUAUUGUUUUCAUUAUUUUAUAUAUAUUUUUCGUUUCUGUUUUAAUAUUGUUUUUAACUCUUUGUGAGCUCUCGGGAAUCGUAUAUGGAGGCUGGUAGCUAUAUAAAUUCAAUAAACAUGAUUUUAAAAAUAUGUCAUUUGAAUAAUUUUUCCCACAAACUCAAUCACUCACUCACUCAUUCUGACUUAUCCAUGCAGUCUAUAUUCAUAGAUUUCCUUCCUUUUGCAGGAUGCUAGAAUUCAGCCGAUCAGUUCAUUGGGAAUGUUCAAAGAAAUGUCCUUCUGGGUUCAGUUCCAAGUGGGGAAAAACACACUGGGAACAUGG